UGUGUGUUAUGGUUAUGGUUCAUGGUAAUGGUAGAAAUAUAUGUUUGUAAUAUCGUUGUAAUGUAAUUCUAUUUUAUGCUUAAAUUUGGCAAUGCCAUAACCGUUCCAUCUCUUUUAUAUCUCUCACACUUGGUUGAAAAAAUCUCCUUCUUCUUCACGCCGCCUCUCCCCCUCACCUUACCAACAAAUACUUACACUCUCUUUGCAUUCUUUCUAAAUAAUUCACUCUAAUUAACAAUAACAAUCGAUCAUCUCUUAUAAAGUUUGUUGCUUUGGCCCCCUCCAAUGCCUUCUUCAUUUACUAUCAUCCUCUGUCACUGAAUUUUGCUGCAUUGAAGUGCUAGUUUGUGUAUCUACAUUGUCUCAUAUACAUUGUUAGGAAGGAGUUUUUGAGCACACUGCCGUUUACAGAAUGGAAGAUCAAAGAACUGAAAUAGAGUUUGAUGAAUUUGAGAAGCUUCUUGGAGAGAUACCACAUGCUACUUCUGCAAAUCAGCAUUCUGCUGAUGCUGGACCUAAGAUUGCACCUCUAAAUGGUAGCUUGGCACCCAUUUCUGAGAAUUCUUGCAAGGGGGCUUUUGCUGUGAAACUUGAAAGCAAUGGGAGUUUGAAUGACAGACAAUUUUUAGCAAAUGAUACUCAACGAUAUCCUAUCAAGAAUCUCCAAUCAGAUGAAGCAAAUUUGCCAGAUGACCAGUCCUUGACAUCUGCAUUUGCAGAAUUGAGUUUUAAUAGUGGGAGUUCUUUGGUGAAUUUUAAAUCCCCACCUAAUCCUGCUGUAUAUAUAAACACCAUGAAUGGUUCACUCUCAAAUAUGGACUCAACAGUGAUGGUUUCCCCUCUGUUCCGCUCACCAAAUAAUUUACCUUUUGGUUUUGACAAGUUUAAUGUUGCGAAAGUUGGUCAAGAACAGUCAAAUUUCUUAAAAUUUGAUGCCCGACAACUGAAGGUGCCAGCUGAUUUUUGUCAGCCUCAGCCAAUUGAAAAUUUCUCCACGGCCUUCUCACCAACUCAUGGCAUGCAAGGUUUUCAAUUGCUUUCCAAUGUGGCUGUCCCAGGCAUGGAUUUUCCUUUAACGUCUGAUCAUCAAUACUUCACUGAUGUUCAGUCUCCACUUCCUUACUUACAUUCACAACAAUUAAACCAGUCUCACAUUAGCUGGAGGAAUAUUGGAGAAGAACAACAUUACAGGAUGCAUCAGCAAUAUCUAUAUAUGCAGCAACUUCAUAAUCAAAGAUUGGAAGCCCAGAAUCCUAUUCAAGCAAAUGGAAAUGUUGCAACCAAGCUGAUGAGUCGGAACGUGAAGCAACCAUAUUUGGAGGUGCCAUUCUCUCACCAAGUUCAACAGUCUAAUCAAGAACCAUUUUGUAGCAACUAUGCUGUCUCAAGGGGUUUGAACCACUCACAGAAUGGUAUACGUGUUUUGGACAAAGUAGGAAAACAGUGUUUUCCUGAAAAGAUUCUGACAAGGUCACAAGGACUGAACACACUGAAAGCUUUGAAGUUUGGCUCAGCUGGAGGCAAUGAAACACUUGCCCAUCUCAACCAUCAUGGCAAAUUUCUAUCAAACAGUCACCUUCUCCAUAGUUUACCUACUCCUGCUGGGUGCUUUCAGUUGGAUCAUUUGACCUCAUGGGAUAUAUCUCCUGAUUUUACUGAACUAAAAAGCUCUAAUUUCAGUUCUCAGUCUUUGAAGUAUAACUCAGUAGAUGAUGUAACUGGUAGAAUAUAUCUCAUGGCAAAGGACCAGCAUGGUUGCCGUUUCUUGCAGAGAAAAUUUUCUGAGGGGAGCCCACAAGAUGUUGAAAAGAUUUUUCUUGAGAUUAUUGAUCACAUUGUUGAGCUAAUGACAGACCCUUUUGGGAACUACCUUGUUCAGAAGUUGCUUGAAGUAUGCGAUGAGGAUCAGAGAAUGCAAAUACUUAGUGCUAUCACUAGAAAAGCUGGGGAGCUUAUUCGGAUUUCAUGUGAUAUGCAUGGGACUCGAGCUGUUCAAAAGGUUAUCGAAACCCUUAAGACCUCAGAGCAGUGUUCCAUGGUUGUCUCUGCAUUGAAGCCUGGUAUAGUGACCUUGAUAAAAAAUAUGAAUGGUAACCAUGUAGCCCAGCGUUGCUUGCAGUGUUUGAUGCCUGAAUACAUUGAUUUCCUUUUUGAAGCUACAACUGCUAAUUGUAUUGAACUUGCAAUGGAUCGCCAUGGCUGUUGCGUGCUUCAAAAAUGCCUAAGCCAUUCCGAGGGAGAGCAAAGGUGUCGUUUAGUCUCUGAGAUCACGUCGAAUGCUCUGAUCCUUUCACAAGAUCCAUUUGGGAACUAUGUUGUGCAAUUUGUCUUUGAGCUUCGACUUCCCUGGGCAACAACUGAUAUUCUUGGUCAGUUGGAAGGUAAUUAUAGGGACUUGUCUGUUCAGAAAUAUAGCAGCAAUGUGGUAGAGAAAUGCCUAAAAUAUGCAGGAGAGGAGCGCCGGACACGUAUUAUCCAGGAGCUGAUAAAUAAUGCUCACCUUGAUCAAGUCAUGCAAGAUCCUUUUGGUAAUUAUGUUAUCCAGGCAGCUUUGCAACAAUCAAAGGGAGCUCUUCAUACUGCUCUGGUGGAGGCUAUACGACCCCAUGUUCCUACACUUCGAACUAGUCCUUAUGGGAAGAAAGUCCUGUCUGGUAAUAGUUUGAAGAAGUAAUCUGCGAGCUUUGCAUUCAAUUGCAGAAGAAGUUCCUGUAGAUUUGGUCGCAAGAUUUUGAUGCCUUGACAUGAGAGAAAAUUGUCAAAGAUGCAUCCACAGCUCAUUUGAACAGAUGAAAGGUGAAUUUUUUUAAGGUUUAUUAAUCAUCAAAACAGAGAAUUUCACAUGACGCAGGAUCCGAACGUCUGUAGAUCAGAUUUUUUUUUCCUCCUUUGCCUGGGAAUAAAAGAAAUGUGAAGGUGUAGAGUUCUUUGAGCUUGUGGGUUACUUGCAAUAUCUGUUUUUUCAUGGACGGGAGCUCAGGAGUCAAGGCUUGACGGGGUGAUUGCAGGUUGGAGGAGCUUUGUAAGCUACGUGAUUUCCAUGCUGACUUUAUCUUUGUGAUGUACAUUUCAUGUCCAUAGAUUUGCCAAGAUUAGGGCUUUGGAUUUGUCAUAUAAAAUAUUUAAGGUCCUAAUAUUGCCAUUCCCGUAAUCAUCUUUCUGACAAUA